AUGAAAGGAGGUAUUAACAAACUCAUGAGAAAUGUGGCUGCUGUUAAGGCAAAGUCGUCAUUUGAGAAAAGUCUAAUCAAAGGCACAUAUCACCUUGAUUCAAAAGAACCAAAAGAGAAGCAUGUGUUUUAUGUAAUUGAGUGUCUAAGAGGCUCAAUUCCCUAAACAUCGCCAAGAGACGCGAUGAGUUAGAUCGUAGAUAGGUUCCUCAAGAAUAUAGGCAGCUGGGCUUGCACUACUAAGAUCUUUAUCAUCUUGCAUCGUUGCCUUUAAGAUUCAAAUCUCAGCCAGAAAAUGUCAUAAGAGUUGAAGUCGAAGGAGCAUCUGUUGCAUUCUUACUAAAAGAAAGCCACUGAUACCAGUUAUGAGUCUAAAAUGUAUGCAGAAAUAUCGCAACUCUACAACUCCUAUAUAAAAUUCUUGUAUAAUGCCAAACUAGAGAGUCCUGUACUUAAUUGCAGAAUGACUGAUCUCUCGCCGAAGAUGAAACAAUUGGCAAUCUAAGAUUUGUUGAAGACUUAUGAAAAUUUUGACGCACUUAUAUCCGAAAUUUUCAACAUAUUUGAGCACUAAAAUUUCUGCAAAAGGACUAGACUUCUUUCAAAUGUAGUUUACUUACUAUUCUAGGAUUUAAUAACAAUCUAUAAGGUAUUCUAUGUUUUAGUGACUGAAAUCCUUGAAAGAUUUUCUGACUUAAACAUUGACCAGGCUAAAAAGAGUUUCGUUGCUUACCAAAACUUUGUAAAUUUGACCCAAACCAUGAAGGGCAAAUCUAGCUAAAUUAUGUCUCUUUUUGGAUUCACAGUAAAGAUGCCUGAAUUUUAUCAGCCUGAUUCUGUACUUGUUUAAACUUUGAAAGUUUGCAUUGAGGAGAAGCAGAAAAAUCCAAAGGGGCUCUAAGAUAUCUCAAAGCAACUUAGAGGCGGAAUGAACAGAAAUUAGUUCUAGACUAACUUUUCUCAAGGCGCAGCACCUAAAGAUGAGUUGUAUACAGCAGAGGACAUUAUCUUCAAGAGUUUUAAGUAAUAGCAGUAGGAGUAGGAGUCGGAUUCAGGAGAGGAUUUCGACUAUGGUGAAGAAGAGGAAGAAGAUGAUUUUAGUUACUAGCAGCAUAGCUCAACUAAUGCUUCAUACCAACCACAAAAGGAUGACGGCCUUGACUUGAUGACCUUUAUCAGUAAUAUGGAUGUCCCUCAAACUGCAAACAAUGUCAACAAUAACUCCUAGUAGCCCUCCUUAAACUAGCAGAUGUCUAGUGGCUCAUCUACCUUAGAUGAUUUAUUCAAUUUUGGUCCUUCUUAAACAAAUCAAACCUAGCAAUAAUCUAGCAAUUAAUUUUCUACUAGCAUAAUGAAUCAAAAUAGUAACAAUUUUUCAUUCCCUACAUCAUAGCCUCAAUAGUAGCAAUAGAAUAAUAUCAAUACAUCAAAUUUCUUCGAUGGGUUCAAUCAGAAUCAAAAUCCUAAUGCUUUUUAAACACAGUAAACCCAGUACAAUUUUGCUUAGUAAUAACAAUAAUAGCCUCAAUAUCAAUAAUAGCAGACAUAAAUGAAGCCCUAAUAAUAAAAUGUGGGAUUUGACCCUCUAUUUGAUUUGAAUAAACCUCUGAUCUCCUCAUCAGGGAUCAACCAUAUUCAGCAAACUAAUCAAUUAGAGACUUUUAAAAAUUUAUACACUAAUGUUUCUCAACAGUAAGUGGGAAUAGCCCCCUCGAACUUAAAUCAGCAAAGUUAACAAUAGCAGUAGCCAUAACAAUUCUACAAUUAAGGCUACAAUCAAAUGUAAACAAACUAAAAUAGCUUUAUGACUAACUCAAAUAUGAAUACAAGCGGUGCCUCAGGAAUGUCCUUAAAUGCUGGAUUCCAACCAAAUCUUAUGGGCUUCUAAUCUAAUUUCGGGACGAAUCAAUAAUAUGCUGGAAACAUGAAUAAUAUGGGAGUGAAUCCUUUGAUGAAUUAACAAAUGCCCAUGGGUAACUAAGGUUUUGUGUCGUAAUAUGGUUAGUAAUAACAGGCUUAGUUAAAUUAAAUCAACAAUAUGCCGGUUGGAAUGAAUGCAGGUAUGUAGUAAUAGCAAUUCGCCACUAAUCAAUUCAAUACCAAUUAGUCUAACAUCUAAAAUCCAAACCUUAGUAGUUAAAAUAAUGAGUUCAGCUUUUGGUGA